AUGGCACCAAUCACGCAAAUCGAAUACUUUCGCGUGCCUCCGCGAUGGCUGUUUGUCAAAAUCACCGAUUCACAAGGGAAUGUUGGUUGGGGUGAAGCGUCACUAGAGGGCCAUACAGAGGCAGUCGAGGGCUGUAUCGAUGCCUUUAUCGAGCGAUUCAAUGGCAUGGAUGCUAAUGACAUUGAGCAUAUCUGGCAGAAUGGCUAUCGCAUGGGCUUCUAUCGGGGUGGACCGAUUCUAAUGAGUGCCCUAUCUGGUAUUGAUAUCGCCUUAUGGGACCUAAAAGCUCGACGGUUCGGUGUACCUAUCUACGAGCUCCUGGGUGGCAAGGUCCGUGAUCGAUUGCGGGUUUAUGCUUGGAUUGGCGGGGAUCGCCCUAGAGAUGUGGAGAUACAAGCUCGCGGUCGAAUCGCUCAGGGGUUCAAGGCUGUCAAGAUGAACGCAACCGAAGACCUUGGCUGGCUGGACUCGCCCCAGGCGCUCAACGCAUCGGUGGAGCGACUCAAGACUGUCAAGUCUCUUGGCCUUGAUGCAGGAGUAGACUUUCACGGACGGGUACACAAAGCAAUGGCAAUCCAGCUGGCGCAUAAGUUGGCUCCACACGAGCCGUUGUUUAUUGAGGAGCCUUUGCUCUCCGAACAUCCGGAGUCUGUUGCCGCCCUCUCCAAAUUGGUUCCUAUCCCUAUUGCCCUCGGAGAACGAUUGCACUCUCGCUGGGAUAUCAAACCCUUCCUCGAAUCGGCAUCCGUCAGCAUUCUUCAGCCCGACAUCAGCCAUGUAGGGGGUAUAUCGGAGCUGCGCCGUAUUGCGGUAAUGGCCGAGGCCUACGACGUGGCUUUGGCGCCGCAUUGCCCUCUCGGUCCGAUCGCCUUGGCUGCGAAUAUCCAGGUUGACGCGGUGUCGGCCAACUUUGCAAUUCAAGAGAUGAGCAUAGGUAUUCACUACAACCAGGGUUCAGCGGACAUUGAGACCUAUAUUAAGAACAGUGAUGUGUGGACCGUGAAAGACGGUAUGCUGGAUCUCCUGCGGGGACCAGGCCUGGGGAUUGAACUAGACGAAGACAAAAUUCGAGCUGCAGCAGUUAAUGCCAAAGCUUGGCGUAGUCCAUGCUUCGAAGGACCUGAUGGCGAGUGGAGAGAGUGGUGA